CAAAGCCAUUAUCUCACGAAAAUAAAACAAAUUCACAUUCAGUCGCCGGAGAAUAUGGAAGCUCCGGCGAUUAUCAACGACGUUAGGAUCACAUUAUAAUUAUUUCUGGAAGUAGAAAUUCUUCUAAACUAAAGCGAGUUAACUUGGCAGAGUUUUCAAGUUAUUCCAUGUUUAGUUUCACAAGUCAGAGGAAAAUUAUUAUGGAAAUAUAAUAAUAAUUGAAAAAGCUAUUAAAAAAUAGAAAGAAAAAAAAAAUCAGAAAACUUGCACUGUUUUCAGCGUCAACAGUUUUGGCAGAACACGUUAUUCCUUUUCUUUUUCUAACUUUUCCUUUUUUGUGACUUUCUUCAUCAUCAAAUUUUGAAAACGUAUGCGGAGAAUCGAGAAAAGAUGAGGAGAUGACUCGAGAUGAACCGGUUAAGCCGGUUGUUAAGUCACGUCUGAAGCGGCUCAUCGAGCGUCAAUUCUCCGGCGUGUUGAGAAUUUCCGCGUCCGAGAAGAUCGGCGGUGAUCUGGAACCGCGUUUAUGCAAGGAAGGCUUUAACGGCGGCGGUGAUUUCGAACCGAGCUCAAUAUGUUUAGCGAAAAUGGUGACGAAUUACAUCGAGGAGAAUAACGAGAAACAAUCGGUUUCUGUGAAGUGUGGAAGAAACCGCUGUAACUGCUUCAAUAGGAACUGUGAAGAUAACUCCGACGAUGAAUCAGACGCGCGUGGCGGUUGCAACUCAAACUAUUCGUCUUCUGAUGCGUCUGAAAUCCUGAAGGGUUUGGUAGCUUGUAGAAGCGUUGGUGAGAGAAAUCUUCUAGCGGAGACUGCGAAGAUCGUUGAUAAGAAUAAUAAGUGCAAACGCAAAGAUAGUUUUUGCAGAAAGAUUGUUACCGACGGUUUGUUAGCUCUUGGAUACGAUGCAUCCGUCUGUAAAUCUCGUUGGGAAAAAUCAUCUUCAUAUCCCGCUGGUGAAUAUGAAUAUAUAGAUGUGAUGAUGGAGAAUGAACGGUUGAUAAUUGACAUCGAUUUCAAAUCAGAAUUCGAGAUUGCUAGAUCUACGAAAUCCUACAAGAUGAUUCUCCAGAAUCUUCCCUACAUAUUCGUUGGAAAAUGCGAUCGUUUGCAGAGCAUUGUGGCGAUUGUAUCGGAGGCGGCGAAGCAGAGUUUGAAGAAGAAGGGAAUGCAUGUUCCGCCGUGGAGGAGAGUUGAAUACGUGAAAGCUAAGUGGCUUUCAGCUUACACUCGAACAAAUGUGCAUGUGCAAAAACAAAAGAGUUUGAAGGAAAACGGUGUCGUUGAGAGUUCCGGCGAAUGGAAGCCGCCGGAGUUGAAGCCAAAGGGAUCAUUGACUGGGGCUAAAGUCGUCACUGGUUUGGCAGUGGUUUUUGAGGAUGAUGAUAAACCAUAGAUAAAAUUUUGACUGUUUCUGAUUUUAGCUUAAUUUUUUUUUUAAUUUGAUAAUAUGAGGAUUAAAAAAAUCUUAUAUGACUGUAUAACAGCUCUAAUUCUAUCCCCUUCUGUUUUUUGUCUUGAAGUGUGGGAUGUUUUCUUUUUUGCUUAUAUGAAAUUAAAUAAAGUUGAGAUAUAGAUUUUGUGA